AUGUGUAGCUCUAAGGCUAAAGAAACUAUAGUCAUUGAAUCUUCCACAACACCUCCUCAUGUCAUUUCUAGAAUCAAUGGAAGACAAGUACUUCAACCAACAUGCAACCAUGUUCUUGAAAGAAGAAACUCAAUGAAAAAACUUUCUUCACCACCACUUCCAAACAAGACUUCAUUAUCAUCACCACCAAUUUCUCCAAAACCAAAAUCUCCUACUAGACCAUUCCUAGCGAUAAAGAGAGGAAAUGAUAACAAUGGAAUGAACUCGAGUUGUGAAAAGAUUGUUAUACCGAAAAACACAAUGAAAACUCCAUGUUUAGAGAGAAAGAAAUCAAAGAGUUUCAAAGAAGGGUCUUAUGGUGUUGAGGCUUCUUUGAGUUAUUCUUCCUCUUUGAUCACUGAUUCUCCAGGAAGUAUAGCUGCAGGGAGAAGGGAACAGAUGGCACUUCAACAGGCACAAAGGAAAAUGAAGAUUGCUCAUUAUGGAAGAUCAAAGUCUGCCAAAUUCGAAAGAGUUUUCCCUAUUGAUCCUUCAACUGCUCUUCAUUUAAAGACUAGUAAUGAAGAGGAGAAGAGGUGCAGCUUUAUCACAGCCAAUUCAGAUCCUAUCUAUAUUGCUUAUCAUGAUGAAGAAUGGGGAGUUCCUCUUCAUGAUGACAAGAUGUUGUUUGAACUUUUAAUUCUAAGUGGUGCUCAAGUUGGAUCUGAUUGGACUUCAACCUUGAAAAAACGCCUAGAUUUCAGGGCUGCAUUUUCAGAAUUUGAUGCAGAAAUUGUGGCCAACUAUAGUGAUAAACAAAUGAUAUGUAUUAGUUCAGAAUAUGGCAUUGAUAUAAGCAAAGUUAGAGGAGUUGUUGACAAUGCUAACCAAAUUUUACAAGUUAAGAAAGUGUUUGGUUCAUUUGACAAAUACAUAUGGGGGUUUGUGAACCAGAAACCAAUCUCAACUCAAUACAAAUUUGGCCACAAGAUUCCAGUGAAGACAUCAAAAUCAGAAAGCAUAAGCAAAGACAUGAUUAGGAGAGGUUUUAGGUUUGUUGGUCCAACAGUGGUUCAUUCAUUUAUGCAGGCAGCUGGCCUAACAAAUGAUCACCUAAUCACUUGCCAUAGGCACUUGCAAUGCACUUUCUUGGAAGCUACCCUACAAGAGCUCAAGACAUGA